AGGGAGGUCUAAUGACACUUAAGAGGUACACCUGAUUAUAGAGGCCAAGAAGGAGGUGCUGUCACAGUAAGUCCAAGCUAAGGGUUAAGAUGGCUGGAAAGAUUGCUCACAAUAGCAUACACAAUGUGAAAAACAAGGUGGUUGGCAUUAAUUCAUCGAGGCAUUAGCUAUAGUAACAAAAGAUGGUAAAAGCCCCAAGCCUCCCAUCCAUAGGAGGCUGAUCACAUUCAUCUACCAAACCCUUAGGGCAGUCAGAGAAGGAGGGAUGCACUGAACGAGCAUAAAGCUGCCUUUGGUGUGUGCUGCUAAAUGGAAAGCUAUACAGUACAUGCAAACAUUUUCCAAAGAUGUACAGAGGUGGUAAAUGCACACACACACACACACACACACAGAUGCACAUGCACUCCGAUAUGCAUAGACUACCUCUAUAAAAAGUAACAAGAAUCUCUAUGUCUCUGAGAGAUGCAUUUCUAAGACUCGGGGGAGAGGGCUAUUAUGGUAGAUCUUUUAGUACUGUUUGAAUUUGAACCUUGUAAAUCUAAAUACAUAUAUAGCACCUAUAAAAUGUAUUGAUAUGAGUAAAAGGUUCAAAGGGUCUCCUGCUCAUAACAUGCCUUCUGUGCAUUUAAAAGUGUAUGUGUGUGUGUGUGUGGGGGGGGCAUUAAUGACACAUAAAGGUUACACCUGACUAUAGAGGCCAAGGGGGAGGUGCUAUCACAGUAAGCCCAAGCUAAGGGUUAAGAUGACUAGAAGGACUGUUCACAGUAGCAUAAGCAAUGAGGAAAAAUAAGGCUGUUGGUGUAAAUUCAUUGCAGCACUAUCUACAAAGUUUCAAAGUUAGCCUUCAACUGGGAAAAGUGAAGAACUAGUGGCCCAGAAGAGAUGCCAGAAGGGUGUGGCCAUCGGAUGCUCAGGAUAAGGCUGCCCAGACAAAGAGUUACCGAGCUAUUUUUAUUUUCUUUAAUUUUGAGAAAAGGAAAUAAGUCCCAAGUCAUUUAAAAAUUUUAUCUCAUAAUGAAAUUCCAUUGCUGUCUUAUUACCAGGUUCAGGUGAGCAUUUCCCAGAGAUUUUAGUUCCCUGCUGUCCAGCUCUGACGAAGGCUAUAAAGUUCAGGGUUCUGUUUGGAAACCUCAUUCUGGUUAUUUCAGUAGCUAUGUAAAUCUGUGCUUAAAUGAUGGCAGGAGGCUGAUGACAGAAGAAUCAGGUAGGGGAGCUUGCUAACCCUGCUGGUGCUGAAGUAGCAUUGGCUCCAGUCUAGGAAAAUCUCUAGCCCACAGAAGACUUGAAUGGGAGCAGUUUGAUAGAGAAGGGGUCAGGAGGAAGGUGUGUCAAUGUGUCUGUGUAUCUUAAGGUCAGUGAGUGACCUUCCAGAGUUGGGCACUAAGCACUGUCUUGAGGAAAUGUCACAAUGUCUCUUUGAUCAUGGAUAAAGAUUCUCCAUAUGUAAAUUAAGUUGUUCAGCAAACAAGUUUGCAAAGUAUACUAGUUGACUCCUGUGGUAGGAUACAUAAGACAUUGCUAUUGAAGAAAUAAUUACGUGAGGGAAAGAGAUAUAAUAGAAACAGGGAACGUAGGGAUACUUGAGAGUUGCUUGCAACCAGGCUGAGUCUGGUUUAGUAGAGAAAUCAAGAAGCACCAAGCACCAAGCUUAGGUCCUGGACUUUGGUCUCAUUUCUGUAGCCUUCCUGCCUACAGCUUCUGCAGCUGCCCUUCACCCCUGGGAAAACUGUCCAGAGUUUUUUGGACUUGGCAGACGAAUUGUAUUCAGUAUCACCGUGAGCAUAAUGUCUUACAGCUCCUGCUUCUAGCCAGGGAGUCAGUGACUCUCAUGUGGGCCUUGCUCCUUGGCAGUCCAGGGGUAAUGUGCAGAACUGCUCAGAUGAAGGGAGAGAGCUCACUUUCCUGAGUGACAGGAAAAUUUACCAUCUGUUUGACAGUGCCUCUGGUGUGUCACUGGAGCCACCAUCCUGCUGACCUGACAAGGUGAGUGGGCAGGCGAGCCUGCCCUUCAGCUCACCUGUCACAGAACACCGAGGUCACUCGCUAUCACUGCCUGCCUUGUUUCUCUGGGUAGAGCUGCCUAUGUCACAACUCAUGAGUACAGCCCCCGUGGCUGUUACUGCCUAUGUAGGGUACAGCUCAUGAGUGCAGACCAGAUGGCCACCUCACCUGGAACACUAAUAACUCCCAUCCAAAUAGAACUCUACUUUGAAUAAACGUGUAUUGGCUUAUUGGGUAAGAAACCUUGACCCCAGUGACAUGUAUGUCCCUUUCCCAUUUUCCUGGUGAGAUUCUUCACUUAGUAGAAGAGAUAUGUUCUUGUUCUACUUGAAGACAAGAUUUGUGAGACAACUCUGUUUUAAGCUUCUUCCAGUGUGCCAUACAUUGUGGUGAGAAUUGAAUACUAAGAUAGAUUAAGUCUCCAGGGAGGUCCUCGUGGAACUUUCUGUGGAGCUUGGGAGCAAGAGGCAGAGCAGGGUUCCCUCCUGGCACCUCUUUCUCAGUCACGUUGAGCCUGGCCUAAUCAAAGACUGAGGUUAUGAAGUCGAUCUUAGACGGCCUUGCAGAUACCACCUUCCGUACCAUCACCACAGACCUCCUCUACGUGGGCUCAAAUGACAUUCAGUACGAAGAUAUCAAAGGAGACAUGGCAUCCAAAUUAGGAUACUUCCCACAGAAAUUCCCUCUAACUUCCUUCAGGGGUAGUCCCUUCCAAGAAAAGAUGACGGCAGGAGACAACUCCCCGUUGGUUCCAGCAGGAGACACAACCAACAUUACAGAGUUCUAUAACAAGUCUCUCUCAUCGUUCAAGGAGAACGAGGACAACAUCCAGUGUGGGGAGAAUUUUAUGGACAUGGAGUGCUUCAUGAUUCUGAAUCCCAGCCAGCAGCUGGCCAUCGCUGUCCUGUCCCUCACCCUGGGCACCUUCACGGUUCUGGAGAACCUGCUGGUGCUAUGUGUCAUCCUUCACUCCCGCAGUCUCCGAUGCAGGCCUUCCUACCACUUCAUUGGCAGCCUGGCGGUGGCCGAUCUCCUGGGAAGUGUCAUCUUUGUCUACAGCUUUGUUGACUUCCACGUGUUCCACCGCAAAGAUAGUCCCAAUGUGUUUCUGUUCAAACUGGGUGGGGUUACCGCCUCCUUCACAGCAUCUGUGGGCAGCCUGUUCCUCACGGCCAUCGACAGGUACAUAUCCAUUCACAGGCCUCUGGCCUAUAAGAGGAUCGUCACCAGGCCCAAGGCCGUAGUGGCCUUUUGCUUGAUGUGGACUAUUGCAAUAGUAAUUGCUGUGUUGCCUCUCCUGGGCUGGAACUGCAAGAAGCUGCAAUCUGUUUGCUCAGACAUCUUCCCACUCAUUGAUGAAACCUACCUGAUGUUCUGGAUCGGAGUCACCAGUGUGCUGUUGCUGUUCAUUGUGUAUGCAUACAUGUACAUUCUCUGGAAGGCUCACAGCCACGCAGUUCGCAUGAUCCAGCGUGGAACCCAGAAAAGCAUCAUCAUUCACACCUCAGAAGAUGGCAAGGUGCAGGUGACACGGCCUGACCAAGCCCGCAUGGACAUUAGGCUGGCCAAAACCCUGGUUCUGAUCCUGGUGGUGUUGAUCAUCUGCUGGGGCCCUCUGCUUGCGAUCAUGGUGUAUGAUGUCUUUGGGAAGAUGAACAAGCUUAUCAAGACGGUGUUUGCCUUCUGUAGUAUGCUCUGCCUGCUGAACUCCACCGUGAACCCCAUCAUCUAUGCUCUGAGGAGCAAGGACCUGAGACAUGCUUUCCGCAGCAUGUUCCCUUCAUGUGAAGGCACUGCGCAGCCUCUAGAUAACAGCAUGGGGGACUCAGACUGCCUGCACAAGCACGCCAAUAACACAGCCAGCAUGCACAGGGCCGCGGAAAGCUGCAUCAAGAGCACUGUUAAGAUCGCCAAGGUGACCAUGUCUGUGUCCACAGACACGUCUGCCGAGGCUCUGUGAGCCUGCUGCUUUUGUGGCUGCCCAGAAAAAGAAAAUUUUUUUUUUUAGCUUAAAAUUUAGAAGUCUGUUGUCUCAUCGGUUAUAUAUUUUUUAAGUUUACCAUGUUUAGUAAAAUAGUGACUGUCACCGUGCUUACUUAGUUUGCUGACAUCUCAGUAGUUUAGGUACUUAAACUCCAUUCCCCAGGGGUUUACAGUGAAGAAAGUCUAUCGCUGCAGUUGCUCGGCGAUCCUUCAAAGUCUCUGAAAUAGAAGGGAAAACGUUGGCUUCCAAAUCUGAAGCCUAACUACCCAUAGAAAACCACCAUGAAAUAAGUAAUGCCUUUGUAACGACAACUUUAAUGAUGCUGUGUCUGUCCAUAGUAUAAAAGGUACAUUUUUACAAUAAGUAUAGUGCUAAAGUAGAGAUACUUUGUAACAUGUUUUCUGUCCUGUUAGUUGUGUGUCAGUGUUUACUGUGUCUUUUUUUUUUUUUUUUUUUUGGUCUAGCUUAGCAAAAACAGAAUAUAGCCCUCAUAAGAGCUAUGGCAUACAGGAGUGGUGAUGUAGCAGGGUGACCCCUGUUUAGAUAGUAUUACUGUUCAUGAGACAAUUUUAGAAACCUUAGUAUUUCUUCCAAUAUCCGUAUCUAAAGUUAAUAUUGAAAUAAGCAUAAAGGUUUAUUUUUCUGUUAAAACCACAAGAAAAAUUUGAAGACUGUUCAAAGUAUUGAGCAGAAUUCAAGGACACUUAAAACUGUGUUAGGCCUGCAUUUUCAUAUGAGGACAUUCCAUAUCUUCUGGACCACAGCUGUUCAGUUGGAUACUGGAUUAUAAUCAGAAUGGAAAAGAGAAAGCACAUUGACUUUUAAAGCUGACAUUCUGACUUCCUGCAGUUGUUGGCUGUAACUAGACCUCUUCAGACAGCAUGUGUCAAUCUUAGUGUACACUGUGACCACUGUGCAGUUGCUGUUUCCUUGACGUGUAUUGCAUUGUUAUGUUCUGGAUUUAAGUAGAUUUCAGGCCUCGAUGGCCAAAAACCAGUUGUCUUCUUCUUGAGAAGAAAUAUUGUCUGACUCAGUAAAAUUGUGUGUGUGAUUGUAAGUGUAUAUGUGUGUGUAUGUGUGUGUGUGUGUGUUUGUGUUACUCUAUCUUGUAACUGUUACAGAAAUGUCCCCCAUGAGGAAACUGACCAAGGGUAAACAGUACCACUUGCUGCGCUCUUGCACAUGAACUUAGCUUCUACAGUUGAGCUCUUCAUGAAAUCCUGUUUAUAAAAAUUCUGACUAAAUCUUUUCAGAAGAAUCUUCCCACCUAGGAGACCGGAUUAAGCAUUCUAAUGCCAUUUAGGUGUUCUGUAAGGCCAGCGUUCAGCAAGAAGUCAUCAGUAAGAGGUGCCAGAAAAUAGAGGAUUCUCCCAGGAAGAGGGGAGUGUGGAGGAUGGUGGGCGCCUACUAAUAAUCAAGUCCAUGGAAAUGGAAAUCAGUAAAGGGGUUGGUUCUAAGACCUAUACCCACACCCCUACAGUAGUAAGUUUCAGUGGUGCAUGUCAGCGGUGCAAUCUCAGGUUAAGUAACAACAUGCCAGCUGGUCCAGGCCAUUUCAUUACAGAGGGUGACAGCCCAGUACCUGGCUCUGUUUGGAAUGAUUGGGCUAAGGAAAAGGUAGUACCUCCUCUACUUGCUGGUAUCAAGAUGUGCCAAAACAUAAAGAUGAGGGUGGCUAGCUUCUGAUGACAUCUCUGCCGUGGUACUCAGAAUUGGGCCCUUUUCCAAUAAAGAGAAGUAUUGCUUUUAGGAAGCCACUCUAUCCCGAUAAGUUCUACAUAGAGUCUCUCCUUGUUCAGGUUUUCACCAGCCCUAAGAACUGCAUGGCAUGAAGUGGGGAGCUAGCAUCUGUUGGUGAUUUCUACCAUUUGGGGUUCCCAGCCUGACAGGGCAGUACCCCUUCUUGCAAUCAGUGUGACCUGAGGGCCAAACUAGGAUAUGUCUAGAUUUGGCCUGCUGCAGUCUCUUGCUUUUCUUCUCUGUGCACAGAGGAGGGCUCCGGAUGCUGGAGUAUUAGUAACUCCUUAGAGAAGGGUAUUGAGAGAAUACCACCAGGGGCUAGGAAUUGUCAGCUUCGUCCUACAUGAACCUGAAUAUCAACCGACAUGUCUCUAGCUACCAGGCAGUACCAUCUCUUCUCACAGCUACAAAGACCUGGUAGGAAAUUCUAGGUAUUUAAAAAAAAAUCCAAGAUUCACUUUUAGAACUGUAUUUGUGUAAAUGCCAUUUUAGUGAUAAGAUUUUAUAGUGUAUUGAACUUUCAAGACCUAACUCAUAUUUAAUAAGCUAAGGGACAAUGGGGCUGAUAGCACUAAACUUGGUGCUUAUUGAUACUCUAAGAAAUAUCUGUGAAAUAUCAUCAUGUGUGCGUUAAGCUACCUUCAUUUAAAAGGACUUAAAAUAAGUUGGAUCCACUUUGGCUUUGACCAUAUCAUUUCCUAACCCUACUGACCAAAACAUUCUCCCUAGUGAGUAUUAGUCAUUAGAAUUGCAUUCAUUAGUAUCAUUAAUUAACUAGGCCCUUAAUUAGAUUCAUUAAUUUAAAUGAUUUUAAUUUGAUCACUUAUGUACUCUGGCAUCAGGGUUAUCUGUUUCCCUCUGACAUGUGUCCUGAACAUGCAUUCUUCAGCCAUUACUCAUCUUAAAAAGGGGCCAAUUCCCAAACUGCUUGACUUCAUCCAAACAAAGACUGGGUCCUAGACUAGCAGUAUCAGUUAAACAAAGAGAGCUGUCCCUAAGAGCCCCUAGUUUUUCAACUAUGUAUUAAGUGCAUGUAAAAAUCAGUGUGCGUCUGGGCAGCGUAGACAUAUGUCUGUGCCAGAUGACUCCAAAGCUGUCGGAUACUGUCAGGUUUAGCUGGUAUCAAAUGCCAAGGAAUUUUUGCUACCUAAAACCAUCUGCAUAAAAUAGGCCCAAUUACCAGAUGAGAACUAGGUCUCUAGUUACCAUUCAGUUCAUUAAUUUCUGCCAUUCCAUACCCAUAAACAGGACCACUAACAUCAUGCACAAAAUUAGAUUCCUCAUACUCUUGACUGUAUAUUUGUAUGAUAUUUUAAAAUCUCCUAAAUGGCCAUUCACAGUUGCUUUGCACUGGCCUUCCAGUAAAAUGUUAACACAGCUAUUGUAAUAUACACAAAGCAUUCUAUCUACUGAUUUGGACUGAAUGUAUGUACAUAGGUUUUACAAAAAAAAAGUCAGAUGUUAAAGCAGUGGUUUACAGAUCAGUGAUUUUCAGAUAGAGUUUCUUUCAGUUGCUGUGGAAUCUUUAAAAAGCACUCUUAGUGUGAACUUACUGAACUCUAGGGGUCCUGCGAUCAGAGUCCCCUAGAGAGGAAACCUUUUCUUGUAAUAAUAUGAACCAAGAUACCAGAUUAUCUUGAGUCUCACUUCCAGUGUUUCAAGUGGAAAACGUAUCUCCUUAUUGUCUCUGUAAAUGGAACAUCCUUACUUUUUUCUCUUAAAGAAUAUUGUACUGUUAGAUGUUUGUUGAACUGGUAGCAUCAUUGAGACUGCUGUGAUGUCUUUGUCAGUAAUCUGUAUAAUAUUUUGUAUACAAGUACUGGUAAUAUUGUUAUUAAAUGUAGCUCGGUCAUUAAAUUACUAUAGCAAAGUAGUACUUCUGUAAUAUUUACAAUGUAUUAAGCCUACAGUAUAUUUUAUUUCAUUGAUGUAAUUUAAUUGUUAUUUAUUCAAGAGAAAGCAGUUCAUCAUGUCUAUUGUCUAAAAUUACCUGGAAUCAAAUAAAAAUUCUAGAUUAUCAUGAAAAACAUAA